AUGACCGGACGUGGAGGCGGCGGUGGUCGCAGAGUGCUGCUCCCACCCAUUAACUUCAUCUUCAAGCUCCUGCAGCAACACAGCACCGUUCAAAUUUGGCUCUACGAGCAGCUGUCGAUCCGAAUCGAAGGAAAGAUCAGGGGUUUCGACGAAUUCAUGAACCUCGUCAUCGACGACGCGGUUGAAGUGAAGCAAGUUACCAAGACGAACCCGGAGGAGAAGCGGAGACCGCUGGGUAUGCUGCUCCAAGGCAUUGUUGUCAUGGACGGAUUGUGCUAA